CACAAUAUGGAUUUAACUUCGGCGGAGACUAUACUGUUUGACUACCUAAAGCUCUGGGUACUUCACAACGGCUUGUAGUAUCUAAGUAAACAGGCAACGAAGAGUAUUUGUUUUUCCAAUCAGUGCUGGUUUGGAAUACCUAAAGUGUUAACUUGUUUGUGGAUCCGCUCGUGAUGUAAACAAUGAAACAAAACCUUCGAUGACGAAUUAAGACCGUAUUGAUUGAUGACGUUUUAAAUUGUUGGGUUAGUGUUUAACCGUGUCCGAAAAGUGCAAUAUAAACUAGUGCAAUGUUACCGCAGAAACUCUAUCCGGAAACAUCGACGAUGACGACGUCUUCGAACAUGUCCCAGAUGACGGCGUCUUAUUCUUUGAACCCUUGCAUGUCGCAGGUAUGUCAAGUGGCUAAUUUCGGACCUAGCAUGCUGAACGGAGGCAUGAGCAACAGCAUGGCCAUGAACGGAAACGCUAUGCCGUCUUCCGGGAUGGGAUACACUAACAUAGGAUCACCGACGCAAUACAUGUCUUCAGGACCUACUGCCAUGCCUAGCUAUGGGUCAGUCGGUUCCCUCGGGAGGACAGAUCUUGGGGAAGGUGACACAUCGCCGAAUUCAGCAUUACAAAGAGCCAGAACAGAUAAACCUUACAGGAGAAGUUACACACAUGCCAAACCACCUUAUUCCUACAUAUCACUUAUUACUAUGGCGAUACAAAAUUCUCCGCAAAAAAUGCUGACUCUGGCGGAGAUCUAUCAGUUUAUCAUGGACCUGUUUCCGUUUUACCGCCAAAACCAGCAGAGGUGGCAGAAUUCAAUAAGGCAUUCUUUAUCGUUCAACGACUGUUUUGUGAAAGUGCCAAGAACGCCGGAUAAACCUGGAAAAGGAUCAUUCUGGAGCUUACAUCCAGACUCCGGUAAUAUGUUCGAGAAUGGAUGUUAUUUGAGGAGACAGAAACGUUUCAAAGACGAGAAAAAAGAGAUGAUUAGACAGUCGCAUAAGAGUCCGUCGCAUAGCAUCGACAACAGUAACAGUUCUGGCAAGAAGACUCCUUUGCAUCAGGAAGAAAUCCAUCACAAGUCUCAUCAUCUGGAUAAGACGAAUGAUAACAACUUGAAUUCGGUGCUUGGAAUCCACCACAGCAAACUCGAUGUAGAUAACAUGAACCUUCUUCAUCCUACAGACCUAAAUAACAUGCAUCCUCAACAUCAUCAUCAGCAAAAUAUGUCUCACGAAGAACUGUCCGCUGUGAUGAAUCGAUGUCAUCCUCUGGGUCUAACCAGCGAUCACCAGGCCAUGCUGCAUCAUUCUUCGAUGGGUCACCAUUUGAAGCAGGAACCGUCGGGAUACACACCAUCAAAUCAUCCAUUCUCUAUUACCAGAUUACUACCUAACGAAAGUAAGUCAGAUAUAAAAAUGUACGCCGAUAUGCAAUACGGCUACAACACCCUGACUUCUCUUCCCAACUCCGUGCAUUCUCAUCCCUCGAUAGGCAACGAUUAUUAUAAUGGUUCCAUUUACCAUCCACCUUCAGGAGGUACUGGCUUGUGACAAUACCCGUUAGCUUAAGAUGCUCACUACCAGAGCAUUUUGGCUUCAAACCCCAGGAGGAACUCCUAAGAUCUUCAAUUUUCAGAUUUAUCAUCUCCAACAUCGAAAACUUUCAGAAAAGAAAGACAAGACAAGUUCCAUUCAUCGCACUAAUUUCGAUCAUUGUGUUGUAAUUAAUUUUGUGAAUAUUUGUAUAUAUCUACCUCUUAAGAAUAAUUCUGAUAAUUAUUUUAAUUUCCGUUGAUUUCGAUUCAGCUUAUAAUUGAAACAUUCAAUUUGAACGGUCAUCGAUGGAAUUAAUCGAAUUUUUCUGAGCUUUUUAUAAACCUUUGUGCAAUAAAAUUUCAGCUCGAACUACACAUUUCUUAUUCAUAAUUGUUUGAGGUGGGUUCCUUGUUUUCAGUGAUACGGAAUUGUAUAUGAAGAUUUUGGAUCUAAGACUGUUUUUUUCUAAAGAAUCUCGAAGUUUUCGGAUUAUUUUUUUUUAACAAAUUUUUGCUGAAAGUAAGCGACCCAACUCUUUUUUAGUGCGAAACGGAAUAACCGUACUAAAUUAUCUGUUGUUCUCAGUAUUUUUGAAGACUAAAACCACCGAAUUAUUUAUUCGAAUAUUUGUUGAAAUCUCUUGUAUUAUAGUAUGUUUGAAACCAUUCUCAUUUGAUGGACUGUAUAACGUUUCAUACAGAAUUGUAUAAAGAUAUUUGUAUUAAAUGUAUAAUAAAUUUUUCGAUUGAUCAAUAAUUGAUUGUGAUUCUUCAAAUACUUCUAUUUGAAAUUGUAUAUUGUAGAUGUAAUUUAAUGUAUAUCAAGGAAUUUUUAUUAUAACGUGCAACUGUAAACCAAAUCUGUAAAUAUGGAAUGACUGAAUAUUGAGUUAUAUUGACUCUUUGUCAUAAUAAAUGUUCAGAUUUACUUU